CCGCGGUCUCUCGCGCUACCACUGAUUCGUCUAUUUAGUGGUUUAUUUAUGGAGACCAUCAUCGUUUCCUUUCUCAUCCAAAUCCGAUAAAACAAAAACAAAAAAUGAGCUGGUGCUGGUGGUCUGGUGCAACUGACGCUGCCAAGAAAGAAGAUGAAGCAACACGAGGCUGCCAAAGCGUAGCCUUGAUUAUAGGAGUUACCGGGAUUGUCGGCAACAGUUUGGCGGAGAUCCUCCCACUCUCCGACACACCUGGUGGCCCAUGGAAAGUCCACGGCGUGGCUCGUCGUUCCCGGCCCAACUGGAACCAGGAUCACCCAGUGGAGUACAUUCAGUGCGACAUUGCUGAUACAGCCCAGACCCAAUCCAAGCUUUCUAAACUCACUGAUGUGACCCACAUCUUCUAUGUUACCUGGGCCAGCAAAGACACGGAGGUCGAGAACUGUGAGAUUAACGGCCUCAUGUUCCGUAACGUUCUCCAGGCUGUGAUACCUAAUGCUCCCAAUCUUCGUCAUGUCUGCCUCCAAACCGGAGGGAAGCACUAUCUUGGUCCUUUUGAGUUGUUAGGCAAGAUUGAAGCUCAUGAUCCACCUUUCACGGAAGACUUGCCCAGACUAAAUGAUUUUCCCAAUUUUUAUUACACGUUGGAAGAUGUUAUGUACGAGGAAGUGGCAAAGAAAGAAGGAGUGACUUGGUCUGUUCACCGGCCUGAUGUUAUCUUUGGGUUUUCGCCUCAUAGCUUGAUGAACAUGAUUGUGACUAUUUCUGUUUACGCUGCAAUAUGCAAGCACGAGGGAGCUCCGCUAAUCUUUCCUGGAACGAAAGAGGCGUGGAAUAGUUAUGCAAUUGCUUCAGACGCGAAUUUGAUCGCAGAGCAUGAAAUUUGGGCGUGUGUGGAGCCUAAAGCAAAAAAUGAAGCUUUUAAUAUUCACAACGGAGAUAUAUUCAAAUGGAAGCAUCUGUGGACGGUUUUAGCGCAAGAGUUUGGGAUUGAAAAGUAUGGAUUUGUGGAAGGGGAGAGUAGUGUAACUUUUGCGGAGAAGAUGAAAGACAAGGGACCAGUGUGGGAGGAAAUUGUGAAGAAGAAUCAGCUACUGGCUAACAAGCUGGAACAAGUUGGGGGAUGGUGGUUUGGAGAUUUGAUGUUCAGUGGACCGGGUUGUGUCACGAGUAUGAACAAGGCUAAGGAACAUGGAUUUUUGGGAUUUCGGAAUUCCAAGAAAUCAUUUGUUUCUUGGAUACACAAGAUGAGAGCUUAUAAGGUUGUGCCUUGAGCUGGGCGGAUUCGGGUUUCGUGAGUAUUACUAUAAUAAUCUUUGUUUUCAAAAUAAAUAUCGGAGUUUACGCUUCACGUAUUAUAACUUGUGGAGGCUGUUCCUUGUCUUAGACUUGGUUUGCUCCUUGCUUUCCUGGCUUGCUAUAGCUGUUUACUUCUCUCCCCUUAAUUUCCUUCUAAACCAGCUCUUGAAGGCGUUUAUCUAGUAUAAAUUAUCGAUUAUAUGCAAUUUAAGCCUUUCAUAAGUUUCACAAUAAACUCUUGAGAUUGAUUGAA